AUGGGUGUACCCGCUCACAAUCUCGACGCCCUCGAGGAGCGCCGCCUUGCGCUGGAAGGCAAUAUCCUCGAACUCCAAAAAUCCCUCUACCACUGGCGCACCUGGGAGGCAGAGUACGAUGGCCUCCGCGACGAAAUCAAAGAACUCCCGAAUUCCGCCACGACCGAAGACUUUCUUGCCGUGGGAAACGAACUUGGUGGUUCCGUGGUGACCGAGGAGGAAAUGCAGACCAUCAUCGGGGCGCGCUCUCGUGGACAGAUCGUUGAUCUCCUCGGUCGACGAAUCGACUAUGUGAAGCAAAAUGUGGCGACAAUGGAAAAGAGACUGCGUGCCGCAGAGCAAGAGCUAUACUCGUUGGAUGCGGGCGAAAACAUGCCAUCCGAAGAGACUACGGAGUUUGCCAUGAGGGAGAUCAUGGAGGAGCUGGAUGAGGAGGGAGAGGUUGUUUCCAGCUCGGUCAAUACCCCUGGUGAACACGCACCGCAGCUUCUGGAAGUCUUGAAGAAGGUUGGCGUGGAGAAUAUCCCGGACAAAUCUAGUGCAGGCGAGGGUUCGAGCAAGGCUGCACCUGCUGCGUCCCAGACGAGUGCUGAUGUGGUCGAUGCUGGCGCGGUGGAGUCUCAAACCAACGAGACUGUCCAGGAACCAGCGCCUGUGCCGGAAACCAAUGGUUCUCAAGAAGAGGCAUUGGAUCUCUCAAAGCCAGUCUCUAUUGUGACCGAGGAGGACCGUCAACAAGCAUCCCUCAGCAACGUUGAUGAAUCCGAGGAAGACGCACAGUUGCGCAGAGAAAUGAUUCAAUACGGCAUUGACGAGGUCGGCGCGAUUGUUGCUGAGUUAGAGCUUGACGAGGAUGCCAGUGAUGUCUCUUAUGAUGAGGAUUACACCUGGGCUACAGAUGAGGAGGAUGAAGAAGAGGAUCAGUUUGGUCGUACUCGCACAGAGUUGGGUGAUGAUUAUCACCAGCAAAUGCGCGAGCUAGAAGCGAAACUCAAUGCUCGCGGAAUGUGGAAUAUGGGCAAGGAUACAGAAACCUUCCCGCUUGAAGUUCAACAAGAAAUUGAAGAGUCAGCCUCCACCGACAAACCUGAAAAGGAAGACGCUGUUGAGGAGUCUGCCAAGACAAAGAAGCCUAAGAAGCGGGUGGCGUUCGCCGACGAACUCGAUAUUGCACCUGCCCCAAAGGCACCGCAAAUUGAGAAAACCCCUGCAACUGAGCGAAAGACUCUUCCAUCUGUGUCUGAACCUUCUCCAUUGGCAGAUGCCAUUGUUGAACGUACAGACCGAGUGCAAGAUGCUAAGCCAAGCGCACCAGCUCCUGCUAAGAAGGCAUCUCGAUUCAAGAGUGCCCGAUCAGCAACUACAGACACCGAGACAAAACCCACAUCUUCCAUUGAAUCCUUGUCAAAAAUCUCCAAUGCCGCAGAGCCCCGCGAAACUUCAACGCAGGCUAAUGGUAUUACCAACCCAACAUCCCUACCUCUCUUCCCUGCGAAGUCUCAAGGGCCCAAGCCAUUUUCCGCUCCGAUUAUGGAUAUUUCUGAAGAUCCCUCAGCCCCUCAGCCACCAAAGGGAAAGACCCUGGCAGAUAAACUUUUUGAGCGUAACAUUGCUCCUGGAUCAGCCCGAGCACCAGAGCCAGACAAGCUGGAUGAGGCCAUGCAUCGCCGCGAAAUUGCCUCCGAAUUCUACAAGAUGCGCAACCGCAUGAUCCAGCAGAAUGGUGGCUUUGUGAAUGAAGAAGAGGAAGAAAUGAUUCCUAUCGAGACUGAGGAACCACCGAAAAGGGUCAGCAAAUUUAUGGCGGCUCGUAUGAAGUAG